AUGCUCCCUUCUCUUUUAGAGUUAACCUUGGAGAAUUGUCAACUUGAAAACAUCUAUCCAUUUCUUCAGUAUGCUAAUUUUACUUCACUCCAAGUUUUAAAUCUAGCUGGAAAUGAUUUUGUAUCUGAGUUGCCUAGUUGGUUAUUCAAUCUUAGUUGUGACAUCUCUCACAUUGACCUUAGCCAAAAUCGCAUAAAUAGCCAACUCCCUGAAAGAUUUCCAAAUUUUAGAAGUAUUCAAACGUUGUUUUUAUCUGAUAAUUAUCUCAAAGGACCUAUUCCAAAUUGGCUUGGACAACUUGAAGAACUAAAAGAACUUGAUCUUUCUCAUAAUUCUUUUUCUGGUCCAAUCCCAGAAGGCUUGGGAAAUCUAUCAUCCUUGAUUAAUCUGAUACUUGAGUCAAAUGAGUUGAAUGGCAAUCUUCCAGACAAUCUCGGGCAUCUCUUCAACUUGGAAACACUUGCAGUUUCAAAAAAUUCCUUGACUGGAAUUGUGUCUGAAAGAAAUUUACGUUCAUUAACAAAUUUGAAGAGCUUUUCCUUGGGUUCACCUGCUCUGGUCUAUGAUUUUGAUCCUGAAUGGGUCCCUCCUUUUCAACUUGUAAGUAUUUCAUUGGGCUAUGUGAGAGACAAACUUCCGGCAUGGCUAUUCACACAGAGUUCUCUAACUGAUCUAAAGAUUUUAGACUCAACUGCUUCAUUUGAACCUCUUGACAAGUUUUGGAACUUUGCUACUCAACUUGAAUAUUUCGUUUUGGUAAACAACACAAUCAAUGGAGACAUAUCAAAUGUGUUGCUAAGCUCAAAAUUGGUUUGGUUAGAUUCCAAUAAUUUAAGAGGUGGCAUGCCUCGUAUAUCACCAGAAGUGCGUGUUUUGCGUAUAUAUAAUAACUCAUUGUCUGGAUCUAUUUCUCCUCUCUUGUGUGACAACAUGAAAAAUAAAAGCAAUUUAGUGUACUUGGGGAUGGGUUAUAAUCAUUUUUCUGGAGAACUCACAGAUUGUUGGAAUAAUUGGAAAUCAUUGGUUCUUAUUGAUUUUGGAUACAACAACCUAACAGGCAACAUUCCUCACUCCAUGGGCUCCUUGUCUAACCUUCGUUUUGUAUAUCUGGAAAGCAACAAGUUAUUUGGGGAGGUACCUUUUUCACUAAAAAAUUGCCAGAAUCUUUGGAUACUUGAUAUUGGUGACAAUAAUCUUUCUGGAGUUAUACCAAGCUGGUGGGGUCAGAGUGUGAGAGGUCUUAAAUUGAGAUCCAAUCAAUUCAGUGGCAACAUUCCCACACAGCUAUGCCAACUUGGUUCCUUAAUGGUGAUGGAUUUUGCAAGCAAUAGAUUAUCAGGACCAAUACCUAAUUGCUUACAUAACUUCACAGCCAUGCUUUUUAGUAAUGCUUCAACUUAUAAAGUUGGCUUUACUGUUCAAUCACCAGAUUUCUCGGUAAGCAUUGCAUGUGGUAUAAGGAUGUUUAUAAAAGGCAAAGAAUUAAAUCGUGUUUAUUUGAUGAAUGACAUUGAUCUCUCGAAUAACAACUUGUCUGGAAGUGUGCCUUUGGAGAUUUAUAUGCUGACUGGAUUACAAUCCUUGAAUUUGUCCCAUAAUCAAUUAAUGGGAACAAUACCACAAGAGAUAGGCAACUUGAAACAAUUGGAGGCCAUUGAUCUCUCAAGAAAUCAAUUCUCGGGAGAAAUUCCUGUGUCCUUGUCUGCCUUGCAUUACCUUUCAGUCUUGAAUUUGUCGUUCAACAAUUUAAUGGGCAAAAUCCCAUCAGGGACCCAACUUGGUUCAACAGACCUUAGCUAUAUUGGCAAUUCUGACCUCUGUGGACCUCCGCUUACAAAGAUAUGCCCACAAGAUGAAAAAUCUCACAAUAUUACAAAACCCGUGAGAGAAGAAGAUGAUGAUGAUGAUAAAUCUGAAGUAUAUUCCUGGUUCUACAUGGGCAUGGGAAUUGGAUUUGCUGUAGGAUUUUGGGGAGUUUUUGGAACCAUUUUGUUCAACAGGAGAUGUAGGCAUGUUUAUUUUAGAUUUCUGCACCGAAUGUACGACUUUGUGAUUCGAAAGAUGACCUCCAUCUACUGA